ACCUUGACGCACCUCGUAUCAUUUUAUUUAUAGUCUACAUUUACAGCAAUGAAAGAAGGAACUACAGUAUAAGUCGUGAAUUUCUCAAGUAAAAAAUAAAAAAACCUCAAAAAUAACAAAACAAAUAUCCAAAAUCUAAGAAAGCAUCUCUAGCAUCGAAGGCACAGUUGAAGGAUUACAUUAUUUUCAAGGUGCUAAUCACUAUUGUUUUGUAUUGACAUCUACAACAGACAUCAUAAUGGGUGAAAAUUCAGUGGAAAAUAAAUCGUCUAAGUAUUUAAUGACUGACAUCAAAAUUAACCUCAGUCCAUCUUUUACGCAACGAGCCUAUUCACUAAAAGAGGAGUUUUCAAGCAAAAGUCUAGAUGAAAAAUUAAGAGCAGGUUCAGGAAAAACUCUUCAUUUGGAAGCUCUCGAAGUGUUAUCUGAUGAAUGUCAGAAACUAAUUGAUAAAAGAAUAAACAAUCUAUUGGAAAAUCCGGAAGAACUUGGCAAAAAAAUUGCUAAUGAUGCUUUAAAGAAAGCUUCAGCAGAAAUGAAAAAACAGCGUAAAGAAAUUCAAAAUAAUUUCGAAAGUCAGAUGAGAGAAGAAGUCCUGAAAGCCGAAACUGAAGAAAGAGAAAAUUUGUCAGGAAAAGUAAAAAACGAAAAAAUGUGUGGAGAAAAGCGUUUACUUUCUGCAUUAGACGAAGCACAAAAGCAUUUUCGGGACCAUCUAAAAAUGGAAAUUGAGCACAUUCAAGAAGAACAGAAAUCAAUUUGGGAAGAAAAAUUCUCGAAAAUAAAAAAAGAAUUUGAAGAUAAAAUGAGAGAUAUUAGUGAAGCAGCGGCUCGUAACAAAGAACGACGUAUAACUCAAAUGAGGGAACAGUAUCAGAAGGAAACAAUGGAAUUUUUAAGACAAUUACGAGCCGAAGAGCAACAACGUCUGAAUUGUAGAAUCUACAAACAAAAACAAGAUCAAGAUUCAGAUAUCAAUAAACUAGAAUUAAAGAUAGAUAAACUUGAAAAAGAGAUGCAAAAAUUAAUGAGCUGUUUGAAAGAAACGCUGAAGAGGAAAGCAGAAAUCGAAGCAGAAAUUACAAAAAUUAAAAAUCUGCUAACGCAGUUCGUAAAAUUAGCGAGUAAAACCGAAAAAGAUCCAAAUUACAAAGCGAAAAUUGGAGAGAUGCUCAAAAGAGCAAAUAUUGAUUGUUAAUUAAAGAAAUAAAUUUUUAAACAUAUUA